AUGGCGUGGCAAGUACUAUUUUUCUACUUUUCUUUAUUUUCUAUUGCUGCCUCUAAUGAAUUCCACUACUCAAUUCUAGAAGAGCUGAAGCUGAAUUCUGUUGUUGGGAAUGUUGCAGAAGAUUUGGGAUUGAAUAGCAGUAAUCUCAAAAUGAGGAAUUUAAGGAUUAUUUCCCAACACAAUAGAAAUUAUUUCAAUAUCAGCAUAGAAAAUGGCAAUUUAUAUGUCAUUGACCGAAUAGACAGGGAGGCGAUAUGUGGGUCAGAGCAGAACUGCAUUCUAAAUCUUGAAAUAUUAGCAGAAAAUCCAGUAACUGUUUACUCUGUUAAAGUUGAAAUCCAAGAUAUAAAUGAUAACCCACCAAGUUUUUUUAAAGAUAUUUUUAGUAUUGGAAUUAGUGAAUUUGCUUUGCCUGGAACACAGUUUGUCCUUGGGAAUGCAAGAGAUCCAGAUUUAGGCACCAAUUCUUUGCAGAGUUAUAAUUUAAGCCCUAACCCAUAUUUCUCCUUGGUCGAAAUAUCUGAGUCAGAAAAUCAGUCUCCAAAAGUUAUCUUAGUACAACCUCUAGACCGGGAGAUGCAACAAGAAUAUGAAUUAAUUUUAACUGCAAAUGAUGGCGGCAAACCAAUGAAAACUGGAACUUUAGUUAUCAAGAUUUUUGUUCAGGAUGUAAAUGAUAAUUAUCCAAUAUUUAGUCAAAAAAAGUAUAAACUCGACUUAGAAGAAAACUUACCCAUUGGUUAUAUAGUUUUACAAUUGAAUGCAAGUGAUAAAGAUGAAGGACCCAAUGCAGAAAUAUCAUAUUUAUUUAGUCAUAUGUCUGAGAAUGCUCAACAAGUCUUCACCAUUAAUUCGCAAACUGGUGUCAUUAACACAAUAGGAAGACUGGACUAUGAAGAAACUCCGACUUUUGAGAUGACUGUAGAAGCAGCUGAUGGUGGAGGCCUAGUAACACAAUGUUCUGUCUUCAUACAAGUUGUGGAUCUUAAUGACAAUGCACCUGAGAUAACAAUUGCAUCACUGUUUACGCCAAUUCCAGAGAAUUCUGCACCUGGGACUCUUAUAGCAUUAAUUAAUGUAAAGGAUUUGGAUUCUGGGAAAUAUGGAGAAGUGAACUGCCAAAUAAUAUAUAUAAAGCCACUUAAAUUAAUUCCAUCAUCCAAUAAUUAUUACAAGCUUAUAACUAUAGGUCCACUUGACAGAGAAACAACCCCAGAAUAUAACCUCACAAUCAUAGCAGAAGAUGAAGGCUCUCCUCCAAUGGUAACUAAAAAAACUGUUCAUAUUACUGUGUCAGAUAUGAAUGACAAUGCACCAGUUUUUGGAAAAUCCCUUUAUACUUAUUAUGUUCUAGAGGAUACCCCAGCUGGCACAUCAAUACAGGAUGUCCAUGUGUCUGACCUGGAUGAAAAUGAGAAUGCUAGAGUCACAUAUUCUAUCAUUAAUGGAAAAAUUUAUGACAUUCCAGUCUCCUCAUAUGUUUCCAUUAACUCAAUGACUGGAGUUCUUUAUGCCCAGAGAUCUUUUGACUAUGAACAGUUGCAGGAAUUUCAGUUCCAGGUGAUGGCUAAAGACAGCGGAUCUCCUCCUCUAAGCAGUAAUGUCACAGUGAGGAUAUGUAUCAUUGAUAAGAAUGAUAAUGCUCCUAAGAUUCUCUAUCCAUCACCAGACACGGAGGGAUCAGCCUUAUUUGAGUUUAUUCCUCACUCUGCUGAGAAAGGUUAUCUAGUCACCAAAGUUAUUGCAGUGGAUGCUGACUCUGGACACAAUGCCUGGCUCUCCUAUCACCUGAUUCAGGUUCCUGAUCCAUCUAUAUUCACCAUUGGCCAAUACACUGGUGAAAUCAGGAUCGGAAGAGAUCUUCCAGAUAUGGAGUUCUUGAGACAAAAACUUAUGGUCCUGGUUAAGGAUAAUGGAAUUCCAUCUCUGUCAUCUACAGUCAUUUUGAACUUGGUGGUGGCUCAGAAUUUUCAACAAGUUGCUCCAGAAAUAAGACACCAACCCAAUAACUCAUCAACUGCAUCUUAUGCAACAUUCUACCUUGUCAUAUCUAUAGCCCUCAUCUCUGUGUUGUUUAUUGUGAUAGUGCUGAUCACAGUCAUCUUUAAGUGCAAGAAAACAUAUAGUUCAACAUCUUUUGAUGCUUUAAGCAGAAAUGUGUAUCCUCAGUUUACGCUGGGAUAUCCUUCUGAGAUCAGUGAUGCAAGUUUACCUUUCCCAUUCUCAUACGAUGUGUGUGUGACUCUGGACUCAAAGCAGAAUGAAAUUGCUUAUCUGAAACCAGUGCAAAGCGUCCCCACAGACAAUCUCAUAGAUACUGAAAUUGUGGCUCCUGCAAUUGAUUCAAUAAAUGACAGCUCAUCAGCAAGCAACAAUGUUGAGGUAUGA